AUGAUUUUCUUUCCCCUCUUCGCUGCGUGCACUGUUACCGCGGCAGUUGUAAGGCAACACCAACAGGUGCCUAUGUUGGAGCAUGUGUAUGAAGAGGAUAUUGAAAGACCAAGCAUUGCUGUUCAUUUUACAUCGUCACGUGCAAUCCCUGCGGCCCGUUAUUCCAAUGGAACUAUUCUAGAUCUUGAGACUGUUGAAGGAGACACUGAGUACAUCGAUCUAGUGUCUCAAUGGAUGGCCCAAAACUCAAGAAUCGGUGGAAGAAAGGUAGAGAGGCAAGACUGGUGUCGGGCAUAUCCACUUUACGAGGAAUGUAGAUCGGAUGGUUUGCGGCGCCGAAGGUCACCUAAACUUCAGGAUCCCAUAAGCAGAGACACAGUGAUUUUAUCCAAAAUGCUCAUGCAAGUGCGAAUAUCAAUCGAAACAGAACUGGCCAUCCCGCUCACUACAGUGGUACCUGUCUUCUUCGAACUUCGUCAAAACCAAACACAGGUUGUACGAAACGCGAUGGAUAUCGUCGGACUCCAAUUUCCACGCUCAUCCGAUUCCGCUGGUGGCCAUGUAUUGCUCGACACAAAUGCCGCCUAUGCCGGGUUUGUAAGUCUAUCUUGCAAACAAUCGCCGGAACCCGAAAAAUGUAGGGAAAAGAGGGAGAAAAGUGACCAGACCACACUAUUCGUCGAUUUCGACAACCAUUCUUUCAGCGCCAGUGCCGGUACUAUACGAAACGAAGCUGAAUCCCACUCGAUUGGCUCACGAAUUCUCUCCCCGGAGCUUGGAUGGUGGGACCUCCCGAUUUUCGAAAUACACCGCGCAAAGUUCUGGGCAAGAAUGCAUGAAGCUAUCCUGGAUGUGAUUGGGGUGCUAGGGGGCCGGCCAAUCGACCACAUCGUGUUGACGGGACAACAUGGUGCGGAUGAGGAGUUUAUAGGUGUAGUGGAGGCCACACUUUGGAGUGCCUUGGAGAUGGAUACAGGAUCGAUGCUGCUGUCAAGUCAUGCCGCAGAUGCCGGGAGGUUAGUGGCGAGGGGCGCGGUCGAACUAGCCUGGCGUAGAGAAUAA